AACAUUCCCCAGCAGGGCUUGGGCAGGCCCAGGGAGUCCCGCCUAAAAUACAGCGGACAAAGGCGCUCUUGUCCACGGGCCUGGGGGUGGGAGGCAUCUGGUCAGUGACACAGGCUUGGCCAUUGUAUGUCGUGACCUCAGCCAACUUUUUUUAGCUGAGAAAGGGGAAAAAGAGAGAAAGUGUUUUAAAAAAGAGAGAGAGAAAGAAAGCCUCGAGAAACGUUGCAUCUGGAAAGUCCAGAGUGCGUUGCUGAUUUCCCCAUGAGAGCGGGAGCAGCUUGGAAGGAACUGUGCAAUGUAGUGGCUUCUUUGUGAAAGAGCAGCAGAGAGAAAAGCCACAGGAACAUCCUCCAGGGUGCCCAGAGCACUGACUCUGGGGUAGCUGCUUGCCUCAGCCUCAUUUCCCGCAGAGGGUGCCACGUGGAGGAAGCUGGCGGGGGCCCAGCCCUGAGUCUGGGGACUUCAGACAGGACCUGAGUCUCUCUUCCGAGUUAGCAACCCCAAAGAAGAUUAGCUGACCCCCGAUGAAGCCUGGAAUGGUCCCCCCUCCGCCCGGAGAGGAAAGCCAGACCGUCGUCCUCCCGCCGGGCUGGCAAAGCUACUUGUCGCCUCAGGGCCGGCGUUACUAUGUCAACACGACCACCAAUGAGACCACCUGGGAGCGUCCCAGCAGCUCUCCUGGGAUUCCAGCCAGCCCUGGCACUCACAGGAGCUCUCUGCCUCCAACAGUGAAUGGAUACCACGCAUCGGGGACCCCAGCACACCCUCCCGAGACUGCCCACAUGAGUGUCCGCAAAUCCACCGGCGAGUCCCAGAACCUGGGAUCCUCGUCACCAGGCAAAAAGCAGAGCAAGGAGAACACCAUCACGAUAAACUGCGUGACCUUCCCUCACCCAGACACGAUGCCAGAGCAGCAGCUGCUGAAACCAACGGAGUGGAGCUAUUGCGACUAUUUCUGGGCUGAUAAGAAGGACCCCCAGGGCAACGGCACUGUGGCUGGGUUUGAACUGCUGCUCCAGAAACAACUGAAGGGCAAACAGAUGCAGAAGGAGAUGUCAGAAUUCAUUCGGGAAAGGAUAAAGAUCGAAGAAGAAUAUGCGAAGAACUUAGCUAAGCUCUCCCAGAGCUCCUUGGCCGCACAGGAGGAAGGCUCCCUGGGAGAAGCGUGGGCGCAGGUGAAGAAGAGCCUCGCGGACGAGGCGGAAGUUCAUCUCAAGUUCUCCGCCAAGCUUCACAGCGAGGUAGAGAAGCCCCUAAUGAACUUCCGUGAGAACUUCAAGAAAGACAUGAAAAAGUGUGACCACCACAUCGCUGACCUCCGCAAGCAGCUUGCCAGCCGCUACGUUGCCGUGGAGAAGGCCCGGAAAGCCCUCACGGAGCGACAGAGAGACCUGGAGAUGAAAACCCAGCAGCUGGAGAUCAAGCUGAGCAACAAGACGGAGGAGGACAUCAAGAAGGCCCGGAGGAAGUCCACGCAGGCUGGAGACGACCUCAUGCGCUGUGUGGACCUCUACAACCAGGCCCAGUCCAAGUGGUUUGAAGAAAUGGUGACCACCACGCUGGAGCUGGAGCGGCUGGAGGUGGAGAGGGUGGAGAUGAUCCGCCAGCACCUGUGCCAGUACACACAGCUGCGGCACGAGACAGACAUGUUCAACCAAAGUACAGUCGAGCCUGUGGACCAACUGCUUCGAAAAGUGGACCCAGCCAAAGACAGGGAGCUGUGGGUCAGAGAGCACAAGACGGGCAACAUCCGCCCUGUGGACAUGGAGAUCUAGACGGGCACGUGCGGCCCCGGGGGUCCUGCCAAGGACAGGGGCUGGGGGUCCCAUGGAGAGGAGGUGGUGGUUCCCGCCACGGGGCCUGCUGCCAGCUGGAGCUGCCCUCCCACCCGCUCCCCUGGCCCACUGAGGAGAGAGAGGGCGGGGUGUGGGCUGCAGCUCGUGGUCCAGAAGGGCGGCCCGGAUGGCCCCGUGGGAGGUCCCCAGUGUUCCCAGGCCAAGAAGAUGGAUCCACAGCCCCGCCCUUGUCUCUGAGGCUGAAGAUCCCCAACUUCCAUGCUGUGCUUUCUGCUUUGAGAACGAACUGAGGCUGGAACUUUGUGGUCCCUGAUGAGUACCAUAGGGGUCAUCUCCCCACCCAGAGCCAGCUGUGUCCCAUGCUCAGGCCCCGGAAGCCCCAAGGUCCUUCCUCCAGCUGGCUCUCUCUUCCCCGGGCCUUUAGAGGGUCAGGAGAGGGAGGUCUCUGUCUCCAAGCCGCGUGUCAGGGUCACAGUCGUGGAUCGAAGGCCCCAUGGAGCUGAACUGCAGCCCUCAGCGCCCGUUGCCGCCCUCCCUCGUCGUCUUUCCCCGUGUGUUCUGAGAGCCCGCGUCCUGGCUCCUGUCCGUCACCGUUCAUGAUCGAGAGCCUUGGGAAGAAGACCUGGCUCCUGACUCCCCAGACUGACACUGCCUGGGGAGGUCAGGAGGGAACUACCUCAUUCAGCAAAUCAGCCCUCAGUCAGUGCGUCCGAUCGUGUUUCCUAGUAGAUCAGCAUCCUCAGUAAAGUCUCCUCUCUAAAAGUCCCCAUCCCCCCCAGCCUUCACAUGCUCCCGCCUCCUUUCCACUCUUAAAGGGGCUGGGUCAGUGCUAUGUGGGGCAAGUCUUUGUCAUCACCCAGAUGGCUCGACCUGCUUGUGCAUGGUAGCAUUGGGAUCGCUGUCCUUUGUAUGGCUUUCUCUCAUUGGUGGUCACUGUACAGGCAUUGAAGACUCACAUGGCCACAGUAGAUCGUCACCCACUCGGCGGUGUCCUGCCACCUUGGCCUCUUAGCACCUUCUGCACAUUCCAGAGCCCUGUACCAUGCCCCUGCUAGGUGGGUUCUCGUACCACCCUCUCCUUUCUUUAUCUCCCAGUGUCUGAAAAACCUGGUCUGAGUGCGACUUAGGAAGCUGUGAGGGCUGCCUCCGGGACCUUGCUCCUCCCUUUUUCCUUUUCCUGACCGCAGCAAACAUGGUCUCUGUCAUGUUAAGUCUUGAGCACCAGUUCAAAAGAACCAGAAGAAGAAAAGGGACCUGCAGGAGGUCGUGCAGCUGGCAAGGGGCAGAUCCCGGCCUGGAGCCCAGGCCCAGAGACCCGACCCCUCUGUCUUACUUAAGCUUCCCUGCUGAUGACAGGGUGAGUGGAUUCGCAGGACCCGUUUUUCCCGAGAGCACAGAAUUCUAAGAGCACAACUCACUGGUCUCUCAGUCUUACAUGCCAGUGACUGAUGACUUACUAAUCUUGGAUCUUUUGGUACCUCUUUCAUUAAGUCAGAAGCGUUCUCUCAUAGUUCAUGGUAGAACGAUGCCAAAUAUACUAAAGCAAACCAAACUCUGUCGCUUUUCCUAUUGAAGCAUCUCAAUCAAAAAGGUCAGUGAGAAGGCCUUCACCAACAUGAGUCUGUCCAUGGCACGGAGAACCACUCCUGGACCUGGGAUUGGGCCAUGACACCAGCCACCAACGUCAGGGUGUUAUUUCUUGGUGUCUUUAUUAAAAACAGGUGCUAGUAGUAAUUGCUUUGUGGCUUAGUAAACUAAUUUGUGGAUGAUUUCCAAAUAUUCAAAGCCAAGAGCCUUGUUAGGAACACAGAUAUUUUGAGUGGUUAUGCUCAUGCAUUUUGUCUUCUCAUUUCCAUCUGAGGUUUCCAGGGUCCUCUGUCCCUCCCUGGGACAGAGGACAUGUUCUUGCCUCUUCCAGGGUAGGCUGAGCUGGUCCAGGUGGGCCAGUCUGUUUUCUGAUGUCACUUGUUCCCCCUCGUCACCUCACUUCAGUCUCAUUAACUUUUUCACAUGCCCCCUUUCUGUUUUGCUGCCCUCCUUUAUUCAUGCAUCGGCGUUUAGCUAAAGCCAAGCAAUGUGCUAAGAUCUGAGGACAAGAUAUGGGCUUGUCAUCAGGAAAGCCUGUGAUCUGUUAUUUUGUGUAGGUUAUCUUUUUCCCAGUAUGCCUGCAGGUUAGUAACAUUAGCAUUUGCAUACAGGUACUCUCUGCAGAAUGUGGGCUUGCAGAGAUACUGCCUGGAGUGCCAAUAGAUUUGCAUUCAUUCGUUAGUCCUGUUUUUUAGCAGAUACUUGGGAUAAGCCAGGCACUGUGCAGGGUUCUAGAAAUGUAGCUGCAUACAAAACUGGCACUCCCCCGUCUCCUCUGUUCCCCAUGUUAACAGGGGCAUAGUUUGACCUUUCUGGAGAACAAGAGCAUUUAACCUUCCACAUCUCACCCACUGGCAGCCUGCAAUUCUAGUACAAACUACUGCCAUGAGGCC